UGCACAAAUACAGUAAACACAAAUGUAGCCUGUUUUAUCUGUUAGCCUAAUGCAAUAAAAACACUUUUCAUUUUAGUUUAAUUUUCGAUGAAAUUAAUAAAAUUUAAACAUUUUUUAAUCUCUUUCAAAUUAAGCACCAGUAGGACUAUAAUUUUUCUCUAAAAUUAUGUGGAUUUGCGCCUCUAGAUUUCGUUCUUUAGCCAAAAAUUUUAAAUAUAGCCUUAAUCAAAAGAAAUGCAUAUCAACAGUUUUCUCCGGUAUUCAACCUACCGGAGUGCCUCAUUUAGGAAACUAUUUUGGAGCUAUAAAAAAAUGGUCAUUGCUUCAAAAUGAAGGAAAAAAUUGUGUAUUUAGUGUUGUAGAUUUGCACUCCAUCACUCUUCCACAAAAUCCUCUGGUCCUAAGGCAUAAUAUUCACUUAGUGACUGCUUGUUUAUUGGCUUCUGGAAUCAAUCCCAAUUUGUCUAUUUUCUUUUUACAAUCUCAGGUCCCACAACAUACUGAAUUAGCAUGGAUACUUGGAUGUUUAACCACAAUGGCAAGGUUGACUCAUUUACCACAAUAUAAGGAAAAAUCAGGUUCAACUGAAAAUAUUCCUUUAGGAUUGUAUAUUUAUCCUAUUUUGCAAAGUGCUGAUAUAUUAAUGUACAAAGCAAAUGAAGUUCCUGUUGGAGAAGAUCAAUUGCAACACAUACAGUUAAGCCAACAUUUAGCCAAGUUGUUUAAUAACAGAUAUGGAAAAACAUUUCCCAUUCCUCAGCCCUUAGUUGAUGAAAAUUGCGCACGCAUUAAAAGUUUGCGACAACCUGACAAGAAGAUGAGCAAAUCUGAUUCUAAUAUUCGAAAUCGGAUUGAAAUCACCGAUCCCCCAGAUGUGAUGCUAAAAAGAAUCAAAGAAGCUGUCACAGACAUGACUUCCGCUGUGACAUAUGAUGCUGACCAACGGCCAGGGGUCAGCAAUUUGAUAUUGAUGCAUAGCUUAUGCACAGGUAAGUCAUGUGAGAGCAUUUGCGAAGAGCAUCGGAACCUGGACACUGGUCAAUACAAGCUAGUUGUGGCUGAAGCUGUGAUAGAGUAUUUCAAGCCUAUUCAAGCAGAAUUUCAAAGAUUAAUAUCUGAACCAUCACAUAUUGUUAAAAUUCUUGAAAAAGGCUCUGAAAAAGCCUCAAAAAUAGCUCAGCAAACUAUGAUUGAAGUUAAGAAAUUAGUUGGAUUGUCUCAUUUCGGUAAAUUAUAAUAUUAUAUUAUUAUAAAAACAUCUUUAAAUAUAGUUUUUUUUU